AAUGUGAAUAUCGUACGGGUGAAGACGUCUUCUGUUCGUCUGGCUCUGGCUCUUACUCCCAUAACAAAUAAUAAACCAAAUAAUCGAGCAUAGUGAGAUAACAUAAACAACAAUAACGAAUAAUAUGCAACAAUCUAAGUAAUAUUCACAAGAAAAACGAAAACAACAAAACGCUACGAAUAACCCAGUCGGAGAGCGGAAAACUUUGUCAUAAAUAAGUUUACGGCGAAACCUCCAUAUUACUUCAAUCACGAAAUUGAAAGCAAAAAAGGAAGCUGUGGAAGAUUGAGUUGCUGCCACAGUUACUUACCCGAGUUGCCUGAGUGUUACUGCUCCACAAACUGACAUUCAGAGUACUGCCAAUGAUGCUGAUGCCGCUUAAAGGCAAUUCCAAAUACAAAAUGCGGUCUACGCAGCUCAACUUGUUGUGCGCUUUGCUCAUGCUGGUAUUCCUUGGCUACACAAGCGCAGAAUCAAAGUAUCGCACUCCUGCCCGGAUAUUGGCCAAGCAAACGGGGGCUACUCAAUUCGAGGAGGAACGCUAUGAGGCGCAUACAAACUGCAACGAACACAAGCACCACUUGAAGAAGCGAGCUUCCGAUGAGGAUGUGGACUACGAGGUGUACCAGGGUGUGGUUGGACGUCCGGGCAUCGACUUUCCCAUCUACCCACGGAUCCCGAAGACCUCGUUCAGCUGUCGUUCCUAUGGAAAUGGAUACUUUGCCGAUAUGGAAACGGAUUGUCAAGUCUUUCACAUCUGCGAGGAGGGCCGUAAGAUCUCCUUCCUCUGUCCCAAUGGCACGAUCUUCCAGCAGAGCGAGCUCACCUGUGACUGGUGGUUCAAGGUCAACUGUCUGGGAUCCUCGGGCUAUUAUGCAGAGAGUGCUGAGAUCCUCAACAAGCAGCGGGUGCAUCGCGUGCGUCCCUCUGUUCCCGUUCAAGGCUUCAACAUAGUGGGUGGUGGGCUAGACAUCAAGCCAAAGGUCACUCCAGUCGCUGGUCAGGGAAGGUCUGGUAAUCGUGCUAAUCCCGACAGACGUAUCGAUUCCACGGAAGAUGUUCCCGCCUCAGUGGAGAGCGUGGACUUUGAUGAUGUAUCCGGCGAGAAGCAGCGAAAGGUUCUGCCCAGCAUCGAUAGCAAUAGCAAUGACCAUGAGACUCAGAUUACUGCGGAGAGCUCCUCAUUUGUCAGUGGUUCCGGCAAGCGAAGGAUCAAUAAGGAUAGCAACCCAAAUCGCAACGAGGACGUCACAGUUUUGAAACCAGCCCGCAUUAGGACUCCAGUGGCCUCACAGGAGAGAGGAGUCUCCACCGAAAGAGCCCGGAAUGGUCAGAGGGGACAGCAUCGCUACAGUGGAAGCGAGGAGCACAGCAAGGAGAAGGAUAAGCCUGCUCCCAGCCAGUCCAAGGAAAAGCCGGAGUUCUUCGAGGCUCAUUCCACCCGAUCAGUGCCACAGACCACUCCUCGCUACUCAGCCGGAAGCCAUCCCACCGUGCGCCGCCUGGAACCCAGCAAAUCCACGCCCUUCUACACCCCCACUGUUCCCAGUUUGGUCAAGUCGAAGAGCACCGAGGGAAAUCUGAACUACAUCAAGGGUGGUCAUGUGGCCACUACACCAAAUCCCCAUAGAUUUGGCGGCGCUAGCUCAGGAAUUUUCCUUGAAUCCUCCGCGGCACCAAAGGUGAAACCCACCGCGAGUGCCAGUAUCGAACUGGACAGCACCUUCAAGCCGGUUAUCAUUGGCAUGAGGCAUCACUAUGAUGUGGCCAGUUCCGGAGAGUUCCGACCACCUUCCAAGUCCACCGAGAGUCGGGACUAUCUGCCCACCACUCCGUCACCAUCGGCCACCAGCAGCGGACCAACUUAUCUGCCCAAGAGUGCAAAAUCGCCAAGGGGAAAUGCGGCAGGUGCAGCUGGAGAAGAUGUUCUGCUGUUCGCCCCCAAUCCCGUGAAGGAAGAGUCUGUCUAUCGCAAUGUGCAGGAAAUGCUGAAAACAAUGAACCUGUUGAAGGAUCAGUUUGAGGACGUGGAGCUGAAUGCCGCGGCGGCAGCUCCGGCUAGAGUUGGUCUGGAGAUUCCGCCCUCCUCAGGACCGGAUGCCCUCGUAUCGUUUGCCAAGUACUUUGCGCAGGAACAUAAUGAAACCACAAAUGCCCUGGGCAAGCCGGAUAAGUCGGAGAAGACAGACAAGACGGGAGUGAAGACUAAGCUGUCUGUGAAGCCACCACCACUGCCCACUAUCAAGCCAUCGGACACCACUGCGUUGCUGACCACUUCGGAGAAUCCUCCAGCCAUUAGCGAUAAUGCGGACGACAUCAAGAAGAGUCUACUGAGCGAUACAACCGUCAAGAAGUACAGCAAUCUGUUUGGCCUGAAGGCCGCCCAAGGUCGCGUUGCCGGAGAGGGCGACAUUAGCUCGGGAUUGCUCUCUAACCAGCCCAAUGGAACGCAGUCGGAACCCGGUUCGAAAUACCAGCAGUUCCCGCAGAUCGGCAGCACAGGUUCCACUGUAGGUGCCCUGGCGGAGAAGCCAGAGUCCCGUAAGAUCGCUCAGAUCUUCUCCAAUGCUCUGUCCAGCUACCUCGAUAACCCAGCCACGUUCCGCGCGGAACUGGCUGCCCGCGCUCGACCCACGGAGCCACCAAGUACGCCGAACUUCAGACCCGUGACCACCACAGAUCCCUCGCUCUUCAGCGAUGGAACAGCCAAGUACUACCUGCCCACCAAGGGAUUGCCCGAGGCCACAACGCCUACACCGAAUAGCAUUGCAGCGGAAAUUAACCACAAGUUCGAUUCGACUCCGGCUCCGGACUACUCCACCACCACUGAGCUGUACGAAGGAAGCACAAGUCGCGGCCAGGAAGUGGAGUUCUCGGGGGAGCUGUCACCACCGAGUCAGGAUUCCGGCGAGGAGUUCCUGCAGCAACAGCAAACGCAAUCGUUCGUCAAGUCGCGCAACGAUCUGCUCAAGGAUGCCAGGCCUCAGAAGCUGGUGACGACCCACAAACCCACUGAGCACCCGUGGGCGCUGAAGUCGCAGACGGACUUCCUGGAUCCCCUGACCAUCAACGACGGCCUGAUGAAGGAGCAGCGGACUUCCACUACCAGUAGCACCUCCACCUCGACGUCCACAACAGCCUCUCCGUUCGCCUACAGGGUGACCACGCCCACGCCAUCUCGUUACGAGUGGGAGGACAUCUUCCGGAGCUACGACAUUCCCCGGGACGCCCUGCCCUCCAGCAGUGGUCUCCAGAGGAUAGCCAACAAGCUGUUCGGCGGUCUCAACGAACAGGAGGCACUGCAUCUGCGCAACGUGAUGGCCAAGGCGGAGCACGAUCGCCAGGUGCUGAGCCUGCUGCUGCUGCUCAUCCAGACCUGUGACGACCACAACGGCAAGGCGCUGGAGCGGAGUAGGAAGCACCUGCUGAACGCACUCAUCGAUAUUGACAGCAAGACGGCGGCCGGAGGAAAGACCUCCAGGCAGAGACUGACCACCACCACCAACCGCAUCCCGGUGACCACAUUCCGACGAGGUGGUUCCGCCGGAGGCGAGUACUUCACCAGUACCACGCCGGGCUACACGACAACCACGGAUCUGCCCACCACAACAGGUCUGGGGACGGGCAGCUACGAGGAGACCACCAAGUUCGAGAUACGCGUCGAGGAUCUGGAGGAGACCACGACGACGACGGCACCGCUGCUGGAGGUCAACUCGGACCGGAGGGCCCUGGAGCUGCUCAAGUCAUUAUAUUCGCUGGCGUCCAAGUUCAGCAGCAGGCGAUAGAGCGAGGGCGGUGGCGGUUCCUAGACCUUGCGAGUUAAUGCCUAACUUUAGUCAACUCCACUCUACCCCCCUCUUCAGUUCAGUUUGAUUUUCUCUAAGUUAAAGCCCCCUAUCCUAUAUCUAU